CGGGCCCCGGCUCCAAAACAAAGGGCAGGCGGCCCGCGGGGCGGUGGCGGGAGGAUGCCUCGCACCCUGCCGAGGCGCCAACGACCGCAACGCGCCCCGGGCCGCGCCAGGGCCGCCUGAGAGCGGAACCCUCGCUGACCGAGGCCCGGGCCGGAUGGGCGCUGCGGGCUGGGGCGCAGACCGCCGACGGUCGUGAGUUGUGAGGUUUUCUCGCAUCCCAGUGGUGUGGAUAGUGCCACACACCGUCCCAAACAACAACGGCUCUUGUGUACAUUCUCCAGUGUUGCUUUUGUCACAGAGCCCAGCAGAGCUGCAGCUCUUCCAGUGUCAGCCCUGAGCUGAGUGAGGAACGUGCAGCAGACAUGGUGAAGAUGACCAAGUCCAAAACUUUCCAAGCUUACCUGCCGAGCUGUCACCGCACGUACAGCUGUAUCCACUGCAGAGCCCACCUGGCCAAUCACGACGAGCUGAUCUCUAAGUCCUUUCAGGGCAGCCAGGGACGAGCCUACCUCUUCAACUCCGUGGUGAAUGUGGGCUGUGGCCCUGCCGAGGAGAGGGUCCUUCUCACCGGGUUGCAUGCGGUCGCAGACAUCUACUGUGAGAACUGCAAGACCACACUUGGGUGGAAAUAUGAACAUGCCUUUGAAAGCAGUCAGAAAUAUAAGGAAGGAAAAUUUAUUAUUGAGCUUGCCCACAUGAUCAAAGACAAUGGUUGGGAGUAAAGUGGAAAUAUUCCGUUCUCUUUUGAAUACUGUUUUAUGAAAGACUGUGAAUGUAAUGGAGACAUAGAGCAUCCUGGACAACAAUAUUUCUUGAACUUUAACCUCGAAGGCUAGCCACACUGCAACACUCUAAGGCCUCUCUGGGCCAUCUCUGUGGGUAAGGUAUUCCUGUCUGUGUCCUCUUCAUCUAUAUGGUUGUUGCUGGAAGUUUUGAGUGUUCUUUUUCUAACUUCCAAGUUCUAGAGAACAAAUCAACCAACUGACAACUUACCUGCCAAGUUACUUCUUUCUCUUAAUGCCUUCCAUAUAGUGUGGCUGUCUUUCACAUUCAGUAGCAAACCAAGUCCCUCAGACCACAGAUAGGACUCCUUCAACAGCAAGUGUCACAUCUUUUUUUUUUUUUAAAGAGGAAAGUACUGUAGUUUUCUCCCUAUUUCUUGAAACUACAAAUUUGUUAUUCCUCCUGCAGAUGAACUGUGAAAACACAGUAUCCAUUCAAGAAUCUUCCAAAAGCAGUCAACAAAUUUAUACACAAAGGACAUUGUUUUUUAAGCCUGUUUAAAAACAGAGGACACCACUGAUAGCAUUUUAGAUAAGCUAUAAAUAGAGAGAUGUGUUAACAAAUGUCUUAUUUAUUUAUUUAAGCCAUUAGAUCCAUUAUCUAGAAAGCAAGUGAACUAGUUGCUAGAGAAGACCAUUCUGGGGCCUGCAGGGGCCCAGUUACUGAGGAAACAGCCUCCUGGAUCUGGUCCUGGGGUUGUGCCCUUGGUGGUGACAGCAGCUCACAUGUCCAGCGUUGUUGAGUGGCUGAUCCAUGUUGUUAGAGAAUAGGAUUCUGAACCAAGUGUAAGUCCAAUUUCAUUUUUGACCCUGGAUGUACUUGAAGAAAAAGAAUUUUUUUUUUGCCUAUGAAAGAGGCCAGAACCAGCAGGAAAAACCUUCAAAACUCGAGAUUUACCAUAUUGUUUUAAAUUUUUUUCAGAAAAGGUCAAGUUGCAAAGCAGGCUUAAGUAUUCUAAAGAAGACAUUUGGUUUCCUGCAAGAGGCACCCUCCCUGCCUGGCCCUGUCAGGCGGCCCAACACAUAGGAGCCUGCCUGUGCAGUCCCUCAAGGCCUAUGUUUCUGUUGUGGAUUUUAAGUCAUGGCCUGUAUCUUCCAGGGCCUCUGCAGGUCAAUUUGCAGAGAAUGAAGGCCAGAAAACAUUCCCAGUGAGUUUUGGUUUUCACUAUUUUGUACUGACUCAGGGCAGAGGGGCAGGAAAAAGGUCAAGAGAGGCUGAGGGUCAGGAUAGCUCCAACCUGGCAGACAGCUCUCUGCCGUGGACAAAGGUAGUCUAGUGGCAGUGAAAGCAAGCUGGCUGAGGAUAAGAAAGUGACUUCCUAUUCAGUGUUAGCUCCUUGUCCUCAGCCCCAGCCGUGCCCAUUGUAGGCACUCAGCUGCCACCUGGCUCCAGCUCACUGCUCACCCCAAGCUUCCCUUUAUCCAAGACUAAGCCUUGGAAGGUGGGGAACACCAGUGCCCUGGGCCCAGUGGCCUGGCUCGCAUGGCACUGAUGCAUCAGCUCAGCAGGAGCAGCAGUGGUGUAUUACUUUUAAACACAUCCUCACCUUGGCGGACAUCUUGGCAUGGUCUGUAGCCUCUGCCUCUGGCUGUGGUCCAGCAGGCUGGUUUCUCUCAGAGCCAGUUCCCUACAGGCAUACUGGCUUGGCUGUCACUGUAGUCCUAAAUUUGCAAAUGGCUUCACACCCAAGGUGUCCUAGCUCAAGGAAUUGCUCCAGCCAGUGGUGUUGCCAUGCACUGCAAUCUGAAGACAGCGCCUUCAUUCCACUGGCUGAAAUGGGAAGGGUAAAGACACCUUCCUCAAUGGAGGAAUGAGCGCUAGUGAGUGAAAGGUGGCCAAGAGUGACGCUCCCUUCUGCUCUUCAUUCCUCAUGAGUGGGAACUUAGGCCGGAGGCUCAGAGGAUGAAGGAAAAUGGGUGGGCUCCUGUCGUCGCCAGCCUCCCAGGGUGAGCCAAGGCACCCUGAGCAGCCUCCACAGAUGCUUCACUGAAAAUGAGGAAUGAAUUUUCUAGAGUUCUUCAACCAGUUUUGUGCGUGUGUGUGUAUAUAUAUAUACACACACACACACAUAUAUAUAUAUAUAUAUGUAUAUAUAUAGUGUUAUAUUUAAAGCUUUUAUAUGUUCUGGGCAAGUUUACUGCUCCUUCAAUUUGAGCACUUUCGUUUUUGUAUUGUCUUGUGAUGGCGCUGACUGAAAACUUUUUACUAGUAUUCUUAUGACUCGUUUUGUACUUUCUUCUGGAAAAAACAAGCUCCUUUUUAAACCAAAUGAACUGACCAUGAGCUGGCUUCAGGGGAAAUGAUACAAGACUAUAACCAGAUGUGCUGGUGAAGUGCUGGAAUGCUCCACACUCUUAAAUUCCUACACAAUAAAUAUCCUGUGACUUUUAUUUAAAUUAUUUAAAGUAUUUCCUUGAGAACAGUGGGAACUAAUGCCAGGAUUAUGAAUGCAUCUGUAGUACCCUCUGGAACAGUAAAUUUGCUUUAGCAAUGUAGUUCUUUGUUGCUGUUUUAUAUAUAAACACAGUAUUUUUAUAUCUUAAUGCUUAUUGAUGGCAUCUAUCAGAUAUUUGAAAGGAUCAGAAAUGAGAUUUUUUUCCAAAAGUCCUUUAUUCUACCUGAUGACCAUAUCAGGCAAUUAUAAAAUCCAUGUGGUUUUAAUAUCUAGAAAGCUCUAAAAUGAACUACAGAAAUGUCAGCCCUCAUUUGUAAAGGCCUGGGCGAGAAAGAGCAGGGCCUGGGUCCGCUCCUCCUUCCCAGGGCAGGCUCAGGCCACUGAUGAGGCUGCGUGGUCAGGAGGACACAUGGAUGGCAGCCUGGAGGCAGCUGGAGACUCCACCUUGAGGAUGGGACUGACAAGCUCGCGCACACGUACUGCCUUCAGCCUAGCCUGCCCCCUGGCUGCAAGGCCAGCCUUGGUCCUGUGUCCAUGUGAGGUUUAUAAAUAAAGCUUCCUAUGUCAGA